CUUUCCGGGAUAAAAGUUUGAAUUCUGAUGCUUUAACGCCAACGACGUUGACAAUUGGUGGUCCCUAUCCUAUAAUCGCCUGCAAAUUUUCUCGAGUAUUCAGUACAUGCAUUAACGAUGCAUCAAUUCAACAGCCGCCCACUGCUGUUUUGCUUCUCUCUUGGCUUUGCUUAUUAUGCCCCUAAAGUCACCGCAGACAUGGAUAGAAGUGCAUCGGACUUUGUAGCGCCACCGGGUUGCGCCAAUAUAAACUCUGACCCAGAUGGUCCGUUCGACCGCCCUGGUGUCCAAAUGGUCACCGUCCAUUGGCAGACUCGCCGAGCCGACAAUCUGUACGCUAUUACCGAUUCAGUUAUCGCAGUGACACUUCGCGGCACUAACGACCAACCUUUCAAUCAGACUAACGUAACUACCACACCUGGCGUAGGAGAGUUUACGCUAAGACUACCCCGAGCCAAUGACUACAGCAUCCUUUUCGAAACCUCUGGAUACGCGGGGUUUUCGUAUGGCCCAGUCGUACUGCGCAACUUUAGCCACUUGCUCAACUUAGGCAGCGACGUUUUCAUGGAACCACUGCUGUUUUUUCCAACGUUCUUGAAGGGGAGUGGCAAAGCAGCAGGAAUCGUACGUCUGGUCAAUACCAGCGGGGCUUAUUCCGUGUCAGAAAUUCAAGUACAACUGCGAGCUGGACUGAACAACGUUACGGGUCCCGUUGCGGCUAAUACAACUACUACAAAUGGCUCGUGGUCAGCGGUGCUCCCGGGAGGACAUUACACAGCGACUGCUGUAUAUACAACACCGAAGACGGAUGCCAAAUUCACGGGUCCGCCAUUCACCGUGCUAGCAAUACCAGGAGUGGAUCACCUGCGUGAUUGGGCGAUAACACCACAGUUUGCCAAGGGAGACCUCAGAAUUAUCUUGCGAGGAACCGGAUUGGUAGCUCACGACAAAUACGGUUCGUAUGAUCUUAAACUGCUGGUCAAGGGGCCGCUGCAGAACAGCCCCACCCAACGUGCCGAGGUGCGCGGUAAUGCCACUACCAGUGCGGACAAACUCAUGGUCUACGAUUACAUGGACCGGAUAUUUGGCAGCGUCCUUAUCAAGAAGCAGCUGCCCGGUGUCUAUCGUAUAUUUGUCCAGGAAACCGAUGCACUGCAGGCAAAACCGGUUACCUAUAGGGCGGAUAUGAAUCUAGCCAACUCGCAGUGCAUGGUAGAGAUCUACCGUGGCGAUGCACUGUGGGCGCAGUAUUUUGUGCCGCUUAGUAGUGGGAAUACUUGGACGGUUGCCGAAAUCAGCGGAAAGCGCCUCACUGUCAUCAACGAAAUGAGCACUGCAAAAUAA